CUUUUGUUUGCAUUACGUUCUUUAACUAAAAAAAUCUCGAUCUUUAAGACUUGUAAUUUAAUGGUAUAUGUUGCGGACCAAAUAUUUUAAUGAUGGAUAUUGUUAAUCAAGAUUCAUCGAGCGGGCAGGCAGGGCUGAAGAUGCGGCGUACCAAAUACUUCAAACGGCAGAGCCGGGUGCAGCCUGAGGACAUGGGGCUCCGCAAGCAGGUGUCGGAGCCCGCGCCCGCCGCCUCCGCGCCGCUGCUACAGAAACACGAGUCCUAUCCGCAGUACAAGAACCGACGAGUGAGAACGCAAGAUCAGGAAGUGGGGUCUCUCCUGAUCAGGGCAGUGACUGUGAUAGACCGGCAGUCGUCGUCGUCGAGCGGGACGCCGUCCACGUCGCUAGAGGCGGCGGGCGAGGCGUCAGCGCCGCAGACCACGCGCGCCAGCCACACGCCUGCCGUGCGCUCCGGGCCGCCGCUCAGCUGCAACUUCUGCUGGAACACCGUCGACGAGUGCGGCAGGAUCCUCCGGCGGAAGACCCAGUACCACUGCCCGGAGUGCCGGACCAACCUCUGCAUAGUGCCAUGUUUCCACGAGUACCACGACGGGCCCGAGUCGGAGGCCGCCGCCAGCGCCAGGUGAACUCACCGCGCCCAACAUAGAACCUGCUACGAGCGGCCACAGCUCGACGGCGAAGUCACGGUAUAAAAAAUCUUUCACUGUAUUUUUUUUCGCUUUCCUUCACAACGUCAAAGGCCAAAUGUUGAUAGCGUGUCGCUCUUUUUCUUUUCUUUAUUUUCGAUAUAGAAUGCCAUCUACCCGCAAAAAGGUAUCUGGUCAAAUGGGACCAUCCCAUGUGAUUUAUCCGAGCUUAAAUGGCACAUGCCGAAUGGCAAAUAAGUUAAUAAGUUGAGUCUUGUUCAAUUAUUUAUGUUCUUAAGUCAUUAGUGGCUAGUGCUCCUUGGCCUUAAUCUUGUGACAUUAUUUUAUAAUUAUUAAUUUUGUUUAAUGUGUAGGGUAGAUUUAAAAGUUGUGAGCGUUAUACUUAAUCGCUAAAGCGUAUCUUUACUUAAGUGGUAGUUAACGUCCGCGCAGACUAGAUUUUCGAACACAUCAAGUAGUAUCUAAUUACAUUUAAACAGAUACAUAUAACUUACCAGUCUUUUUUUGCAGUUGGUAUCCAUACUGGCAUUUAAACUUAACACGUUCACUGUGUAACUGAAAAUUAGAUAUCAACCCCUCGCGUGCAAUGUUAUUUUUCGAUAAACACAUACAUACAUAGACGGGUAUCAUUUAAGCUAUCACCUAUUUAAUUAGUUUUGUGUUUCUUAAAUAAUAGGGUUUGUCCUCAAAAUAGUAGAUCUGUCACCAAAAUGUAGUCACCAAACAAUGCAAAAUCAGUUCCACAAUAAAUCACCUAAAAUCCUGAGAUAUAAGGUCUAGUACCAAAUAAAUGUUUUUGUUUGUAUUAUAAUAGGUGUGUCCUAAUAAGUAUUUAAACAAACUAAUUUAAAGAGAUUACCAAUAAAUCAUAUUAUGUUACUAGAAAAUUGCAUUAAGUUCAAAUAAAAAAUUAGGGUUGUCAUCAUCGUUUCAACCAAAAGAUUCUGCUACUUAACUAGACUCCCAAGGUUCUAAAUUUCCACUGGUAGUAUAAAUUAUAUUUAGCAGAGUAGUAAAUAAAACAAUUAAAGUCAAUAUAAUCAAUAUUUAUUGUUUAAAAUAAUUACCACUGAACAAUCAGCGCUGGUUUAAAAUAGCUGGCUUAUGGCACGCCGCCCGCGUCGCGCAUCGUGUGAUCGAACCUAGUUACCUACUACCCAUCGUUGAGGCCGGAUUGGUCAAUUUUUAAAGCGCGCCAAUUUGUCUCCGCCCCUUUGAUCAUUUUUUCAUUAAAAUUAUAAAUUGAUGUAUUAAAUUGGUAACGAAUACUAUUAAUUUAAUAUCUGAACGAAAUAAAAUGUUACUACUGUAUUGGUGACAAAAUAUCAAAUAAAAAGGAGUCGCAGUCAGGGAUCGAUAAUCGAUUUAUUUGGUGACAGAUCUACCAUUCUGAGCACAGAGUUAUUAUUUAAGUAACAAAACUGUUAUUAUAAGAACGAAGUUUAUAUUCAUGUAAUGCAAUAUAAUUUUAUUGGUUAUCGAUCUCUUAUUUUACACAUAUAUUAACAUUAAUUUGAUAAUUCAUACCUGGGAACAAUUUUUGUUUAUCUGAGAACGAAAGUAUUUCGUGGCGAUAGAUCUAUUUAUUAGGUGAUACAUCUUGAUGACAAAUAUAAAUUUUGGUGAUAGAAAAUAUAGUCCCUACAUAGACACACUAUGGCAUGAAAAAUGUGCCCACAAAUAGGACAUGCAUGUCCUUAUGGGUUUAAAAAUUUUUGAAUUACAAAAAUAUUGCACGAAAUGCCCAUGUAUUACGAUAGUAAAAAAGAUACGCUAACCGCGAAAGUGUGUUUGUAACUGGUUAACUGAAUGUUAUAAAGCUGUAACGUGUCUCCUCCGCUUCGAUUCUCUACUCAGUAUUACUACAAUUGGUUCUAUAUUCCGUUUUUUUUUCUCUCAUUGUAUGAAUAGAACGAUGUAAAUCGUCUUUGUAUUUCAUUUGGGGAGCUUCCAGCAUAAUUUACUGUCCUUACAAAUUAUACUAGUAAUUGUAACUACUACUAAAACGGAUGCCUUUGAAAAUGGUGAACCAUAUUGUUUUAAAGAGUAUAAAUGGCGCUUGUCUAUCGCCAUUCAAUUGACAGCACAAAUUCUGCAAUAUAUUUAAGGGUGUCGCUCAGCAACAAUACAUAGCGUAAGACAAGUGUAGCGGUGAACGAAAUUAUUAUUUUUGUCAUAGAUAAACUGAACUAAAAGAGCUCUACACCUUUUGGCCACUACUUGAAGGCCUCGAGAACCUACAAACUAUAAAAAAUAUUAUAAAUUCUUCCUAUUUUCUUCAGGUUUACUCUAGGUCUGAAGUUACGUUACUGGCUCUUUUUGUUACAAAUAAAAGUUUCUAAUAAUAAGUAAUCAGAAUAACAUUCAAGUAGGAAGAUGACAAUAACUCCAGACUCGGAGUAAAUCUGAAGAAAAUAGGAAGGUGUAGAGCUCAUUUUGCUUAGUUUAAAUAAUAAUUUCGAUCACCGAAUGGCAUGGCUGCACUUACGCCAUCUAUUGUCGUCGAGCUGGGGUCCCAAAACCCUAAACUUGUUAAGUAAAUGUUGUAUGUAAAUAGUUACGAUAACGUAUUUGAAUGUUUAUGAUGUCGUUAGAAUUAUAUUGUUUUAAGAGUAUAAUAGAAUAUGAUGUUAAUAAAAAUCUUAUUUUAAAUAUACAUAUGGUGCAGAUAUUUAAGUAUGCCUUUCAAAAUUUGUUACAUCUUAGUAACAGAAUAGGGAUGGUAAAUUAGCAUGUUAAAACUAUUCCUUAAAAUAUAUUUAUUGCGACAUUGCGGCUACUCUUACGUCCUGUCGUGUAUAUUGAUACUAUUUUAUUAUGUUUUCGGGGUACCGAACUGAGCAUAGUACCCCGCUAGCCACAAGUUAGCAGUGUGACUAGGGAUCGACCAUCCAACAGUGUUGUGUUGGAAGUGGUAUAUAUGCGUCUUGCUGUGUAAACUUCGAUAUCGCAUUUCACGACUGCUUGAAGACUGCAUUAUUGAAUGUGGCGCCAUCUGUUGCAUGUGAGCGGAACUAGGUGGCCAACUAAAGGCGUUGCACAGAGCUGGCCAACGUUUAACGGCAUUAUAAAUGGCGUUAGAUGAUAAACUAUAAGUUUAAUAAGUCAGUUUUAACGUCUUAAUCAUAGCGGACUACCGGAGCCCGAGCUAUCGUGCAGUGAGCUUAUAUUAUACACCCCUGCCUACCCCUAUGUUAUACCGGAGUAGCAUUGAGACGUAAGAGAAGUAGCAUAACAAUAAUGUAUAUGUAUAUAGUUAGAAUUGUGUAUUAAAAUGAAAUACGCAUUUAUCUAAGAACCUAUGACAAUUAUUACAAGCGUGUAGUUAAGUUACAAGUGUUUUAUAAAAUGUUUUGUUUUGUUGCGUGCGUAAGCUGCAAUUGCUACCACCAAUCUAAGCUAGUAAUUUGUUGUAUUAUUUUUUUUUAUUAAAGCGGUCUUGUCUGGUAUACAUGAUUACAACAGUAUUUGUCCUGCCAAGUGGAACAAUUCAUCCAAAUUAGUCACGUGAAAUAUAAAACAGAAACGUAAUUUGCUAAUUUUAAUGUUGUCACCAUUUCUAUAAAUAUUUACUUCGAUGUUAGUCGAAGAUAUGAGAAAUGUUACUACGAAGUCACUUUACAAAUGUAAGAAUUUCAUUUUACUUUGUCAUUCCACCAGCCGCAGUCGCGUAUCAUUCGAAAUAGACGCGAGUCUAAUUAGAAUAUUAUUUUGUAUACAGCUUUAAUUAUAAUUACUGUGGCAAAGUUUUUACAUUUAUAAAGUGGAUUUAUGUCUAAAUAUAGUUUUAUUUUUAUAACAAUUUUGGAUGUUAUGGACAGAACUAUUGUGACUUAAUGUAAAUGUCUUUUGAAAAAUGUUCGAGUCUUUGUGACGAUAGUGACGAGAACCGAGCCAGAGCUGUACCUACAUUAAAUUUGUCUGUUCCACUAAAGUCCACGGAAUCAUAUUUAUGUUGGUAGAUGUGACGUAGCCAGAUCUUAGAAUUGAUCAUUUCAUGAUGUGCUCGGUCAUUUCACGAAAUUUUCAUAUUUCAUGAAAUAGAAUAUCAUUCGUUGGCCACAUCAUGAUGUAGUUUGGCCAUAUCAAUGAACACAAAACAUUUAACGAUACAAGCAACUGAAUGCGUGAUUACUUCAUGAUAUGGCCAAACGUUGGCAAUUAUAUCGUUUAGUAACAUUAUCCACCGGUAGUGGCGCUGGUGUCGAUUAUAUUUAAAACUCGAUUGAUAUUAUAAUCAAUGAAACAAUUAUACAAUUUUCCAUAUCGAUUACGUAAAUCAUAUUGAACUUAAGAAAUUAAUCAACUAUUCGCAUGUUUAUUACAGCACAUAACAUGGACAGUGCGUACAUUAACACUAUGGCCAAACGUUGAUUGAAAUAUCAUUUAACGUUGACGUUUCAAAGAUAUGGUCAACUUAAGUUGGCUAUUUCAUGAAAUGGUCGAACAUAUCAUGAAAUGAUCAAUUUUAAGGUCUGGUCACGACAGAUGCACUGUUUGCCGCACCUCAUUUCGUUUUUAUUCGCGCGCCGCGGUUCUAUAUCUCAGGUACUAAGGUUUAGAUUGGAUUGCAGAACUGUGCAUCUAGCGUAAGCGCGAAUAACAUCCAUGUCUAUGGGCCUUAUGGCAAACUUUGCAGCGUGCUUGCGCUUGAAUAAUUUCAAAUAUUACAUUUAGUCAGCACUUCAACAGUUUGUACUGUCCCACACCCCGUACACUUCAUACAAAAAAAACCUCGUUUUACACAGACAAUACACAUUGACGUUAUCGUGUGUGUAACGUCUCACGCCCAUACGAUUGAAGACUAAAGUAAGACCGAGUGGGGGAGAGCUAAACGUUGCUCAGCCGCUGGUGGGCAGCGGAAAGUUGCCUUUCUAUUAUUCUUUUAUUCUAUGACUGUAAUUCAAUUUAAAAAUAAAUUGUCUCUGCAUAUUUCAAAAUUAAUUUGUAUUUAUUAGAUCUUCUAAAUAUUAUAAUUGUUUAUUGAGCAACUAUUUCAGAAAGCAAGGCGAGGUGUUCAUCUUGCGAUAGAUGCACCUCUGUCUACCCCAAGUGGGAUAUAGUCGUUAGCUUAUAUUAUUUAACGACCAACUUACGUAAUUGAAAUGAGCCAUUCAUUGGACAUUUCUGAGGUAAAAUUCGCGUAUAAAAUGAGAAUGUAGGGUAUAGAUGUAAAGCCGGUUUAAAACGAAAUAAGACGUUAAGGACCGAAAUCGACCUAUUUUUUGUUUAAAACAGCUAUCAACAGAUGACUAUGUUAUCUUAAUUAUAACUACAUUUUCUUGAUUUUACCGAGGUAAGGAUAUAACGGACUGUACUUAUAAAGAAUUAUUAAAUGUGUAAGAUACUGUUAUUCAUAAUAAUAUACUAAGCGUGUUUAGUUCUAGUUGGUCCGUUGUGGGUACUUUCUAUUGACAUUCUAUAAACUAAUAAAAACGAAAUAUGACGCCAGGUGGCCAAACAUUGCCCAUAAUAAAGUUUAAAACACAGUUAUUUUAUUGUUGUAGGCGAGUUUUCAACAGUUUAAAACGAUUUGUUUGGGGUUUAAAACGGCAACAGUUUGUUUAAAACGUUUUAAAUCGGUUGUUUUACAUCUAUAGUCUUGAGUGAAUAUUUACUGAAAAUCUCGUAAAAAUUAACAAAUUUCAUGGAUAACAGACAUGUAUGCAUCUUUUAUCUUUGCUUUUUUGGUAUAAAUGAUGACUCAUUAUUACACAAAGGCACAACACAUCUCCCAUCUUAUUAUUCUGAUCAAAAUAAAGAGAAGCAAUAUACCUAGGUAGUAAAAUCAAUGAAGUGUUAUUAUGAAUGAAAGCCGUUAAUGGGAGUCAUGUUUCCCCCUAGAUCUGCCCAAAUCUGAGGGGGUGAAGUAAAUCUCCGGUACGAAUUGGUGCGGGAAGGACUGUCCGUUCUAUACGUAGUUGUUUAUUCUAUACUAAUACUUAAGUGGAUUUUAGUGAAAUAGAUAUAAUUCUGAAAUUACUGUUUAUAUAUCAUAUUAUGAACGAUAAAUCUAUAAUGAACUAUUAUAAUACCUAUUUUAAUAACCAAAUAUGUAUUGCAAAUAAUACUAAUAGACAUAUUUUUAUUGCACGGUUGAAAUAUAUGCAUAGAUAUAAUUUUCUUUUUAUAAAAAAUACAUAUCAAACAAAUUAUUAUUGUAUAGACUCGUUGCAAAUAGAACAACAAAGGUGUAUCCCUGUUAAAAUAUUUAUAUACAAAUAUACAAUUACCUGUCCAUAUC